UUCAAACAAAAUGCAGCAACUCGGGUUCGGCUACCGAUAACUGUUUUUCUUAAUCCUGUUUUUUCCUGUUAAAACUGUUGUUAAUAAUUUGUUCUUGUUUUAAAUUGUUCGUUAAGUACGCGUGAAACUAUGUGGUUUCUUAAACACCUUGAAAAUGGCACAUUUUACUACAUUCGGCCGGAGCUUUCGAAACACACGGUUAGCCGCUCCGUGGGGGACCUGAUCAUCCAGGGGGACCCUUCGAUAAGCCGAAACCAUGCCUUCCUGUAUCCGGAAGCCGAUGCACUGAAGGUGGUCGAUGCCGGCUCCCGGUACGGAACGUUUCUCAACGAAUGCAUCGAACAGGAACGUGACCCGAUUGCCAAGGAUAAACCGACCCCGCUGAAAGUUCAGGAUCGCAUAAGGUUUGGUAAAUGUCAGAGUUUGUGGGUAGUGCAGCGUGCCAGCUUCAAUUGUAUCACUUCGACCAUUUCGGUUGACGGAGAGCUGAAAGGUGCUUUACAGAAAUUAGGUGGACGAGUUUUGGACAGCUUUCAGGAGAAAGCUACCAAUUAUUUGAUCAUGAAGACCAUUACUACAACACCGAAGCUACUGAUGUGCCUGAUAGCGCAGGUUCCAGUGGUGAAGCCUGAAUUUUUCGGAGCUUGUAUUCAGGCUAUUGAAAGUGGUUCUGAACUGCCGAACUACGAAAAGUUUAUUCCUGAAUUCACAGAGGCCUACGUUCGAAGCGAUGGCAUUUCCUUCAAAUGUGUUGCUGCUAGGGAAACUUUGUUCAAGGGAAAGGUAUUCGUUUUUAUCAAAUCGAAACAUAUGACCCAGUACGAAGGUAUUAUUAAGCAAGCUGGAGGAUCUUGUCUCUGCGCUCAGAAGCGAAAAAUUGCGAAAGCUUUCUUCACAGAGCCACACGUAAUAGUUAUGCAGGCAAUUUCGGACUCGUUUUCACAAACGUCUUCCCAAGCUGUGGACGGCUUGACUCAGAUUGUUUGCAAUUCGGGUAGACGGUUGAUUCCCGAUGCAGAAAUUGGAUUGGCCGUUUUGCAUUGUUCCCUGGAAAAGUAUUGUAACCCUCUGUACAAAUUUACCAAUGUUCUUGACCUAGAAACCAUUCCAUUUACCCAAGGACCAGCUCUCGCCAAGGAUAGUGAGGAUUUGUCAAAGAAGACGCAAGCUCAGCUAAAAGAGAACAUCUCAAUUCCGGAAACUGAAUCUAGAGAUUGUUCUCAAGCUAUUGAUGUUUGCGAUAGUCCCGAUAAAGAGUCAGUAUGCACUGACGUUGCUUUUAAAAUGCCGGAGAUUGUUCCUGUCGAACGGACGAAUACAGAAGGUAAACGAGGAAAACGGAAAUGUACAGAACCGGUGACAAGUCCACCGGAUGUCAAAAAAACUCGGUCAAAGAUCGUGGAUGAACCACGUCAAACUUCACCAACAGCGGAAAAAGUAUCUAGUCAAUCCGAAGUUGAUGAAAAAGCUUCUAACCAACCACUGCCUUCGCGAGCUUCAAACAGUUUCGGUUUUAUGUCUGUUGAUCGUGAGGCGGCAGAACAGGAAGAACGAUUCCAGAAAAGCCAGAAAGCUAAACGGCCAGUCAAUCUGAUGCUCGAUGAUGGCGAUGACGAUCUGUUCAACUUUGAAGAAGCUCUGCCCAAACGAGCUAAACGUCAACCAACUUUGACCGAAUCAUUCAGUGCUACACAGUCCCAACAGACUCGAAAAACUCGAAAUGUUGACAAACAAUCUACCGACGAUGAUCUGUUUGCAUUCGAUGGUGCUCCCUCUCGAAGGACCAAUCGUAGGGGCAAUCUAACUUCUGCGGAAGAAAACGCUCAAAGUUCCAGUUUAGUUCCCAACAAUGACACCGAAAAGCUAAACGCAAUCACAACUAAUGCCACAACAGCAGAUUAUAAAACCUUCAUAAAACCGGUACACAUUCCAGCUGACGGUUGGCUGUCGGCCUCUUUUGCCGAUCUCAAAGUGAAGUCUCAAGCGGAUGACAACGGCGAUGAAACGAUUAUGCACAUCAAGAAAGAGGACCCCGAUUGCGAUGAAAAGACUCGGGUCUGGAUAGACGGAAUGGAAUCGAUGUUUCAGGUACGUGUCAAGUGCAUGUCCUUGGUCUCCCACAGACCGGUGCCAAUGAAUGACAGCAGCUUCUUUUCGACUCGUACUAAUUCGAACGUUUCCAAUGGAUCCAAGAUUGGCGGAAACAACUUCAAAGCUUUUGUCAAGUUCCAUUUUCGCGUUUCCUCUUCCAGAAAAUAAACUAUAAACCACAACAAACCAUAGUCAAGACCAAAUCCGUGUGCGUGCUGGACAACACCCAAGAUGACUUCUUCUAGUCGUUGAAAAGGGAUAUCGGAAGAUACUGACCAUAUAAAUAACCAUGUAUUAGUUCUACUGUAAUAAACUUUACGUUCUCAUUUA